AUGGGAGUCGAUCUUGAUGACAUAAAACCGUCCUCCAGAACAUUAACCGGCUUCAACGGAUCCUCCGAAACAAUACUGGGAGCAAUCCACCUUCCGGUACGCGCAUGUGGAGUCAGUCAAACUGUCAAGCUAUUCCAUCUACUUAUCACCAGUGUGUCAAGUUCCCCGGUACAGACGAAAAAAUCAAAACAUUGCGAGGGGAUCAAAAAAGCCGCUAGGGAACUCCUAGUCGCCACAGUCAAACUCCAACGAUCAUCUCUAUCGGUUAACUCCGUUUCUCCUCCAACCUAUAAAGUCUGCUCCCAGGAAGGCGAAGUUCUCGAGUUACCUAUUGACGAUACCGAUCCAAGCCGGACCGCUAGGAUUGGUGCGUAUCUGUCUGAAGAUAUGCAGCAGUCAGUUCUCAACUUUCUCAAGACAAAUGUGUCCACAUUCGCGUGGUCCAUGUCAGACAUGAAAGGAAUUGAUCCGGCUAUAACAACUCACAAACUAAACGUCGACCAGACAUUCAAGCCUAUCCGGCGGAAACGACGUAAGCUCGGUCCCGACAGGUCAAAAGCUGUAAACGAAGAGGUCGACCGGUUACUCGGUGCUGGCUCAAUUGCUGAGGACAGCUAUCCUCUUCUCAACAUCGACCAUUUAGUCGAGUCCACGGCUGGAAAUGAGAUGCUCACCUUCAUGGACGCUUUCUCUGGGUACAACCAAAUCAUGAUGCACCCCGACGAUCGCGAAAAGACGGCCUUUAUCACAGAUAGAGGAACCUACUGCUAUAAGGUCAUGCCAUUCGGCUUGAAGAACGCAGGAGCAACCUACCAACGGCUUAUGAACAAAAUGUUUGCAGACAAGCUGGGCGUCACCAUGGAAGUAUACAUCGAUGAUAUGCUUGUCAAGUCGCUACACGCCGCUGAUCACCUCCCUCAUUUGCAAGAUUGCUUCGAAACUCUCAACAAAUAA